CUACAGCCGUCCUCGUGUAAUUACAAAAUAAACGAACAAGAUGACGUGGUCCCUCCUGCGCUCUAUUGCAAAAACCGGGUCUGCCGUCUACGUUCUCGCGCACCAAACGAAUUGCGCUGUGCUCGUUGCAGCGAUGUACCUGGGUUCUUCAUCAUCUUCUCAUCCUGCCGAACAGCCUGGGCAGCGUGAGAUGUUCGCAGCGCAGGAUGAGCGUUGGAUUGUUCCAGGUGGGUACACAGGCACCGUCCCCGCUGUUCCUAUUUAGAGCAGAUAUCCCCC